AAACAAAACGUGUCUGUGGCAGGAUCCCCAGGCUGCCAAUUUGCAACUUCUGAAAUGAAAGGUUUUGAGAAGGGAGCUAUUGAUUGGGAGAACAGUGUGUCCUUAAGAAGACUAUCUUUCAAGAAAUACAGUCACUGGGGGGUGAUACUAGAGUCACAAUGGAGGUUCCCCCAGCAGCCAAGUUUGAUGAGACCUUUGUGUUUGAGGACGGCUUAGAGAUGCAGCAAGAAUUCUUCCCAGAGGAAGACCUGGGGGACCCUUUUCUUCAGGAAAGAGGUUUAGAGCAAAUGGCUGUUAUUUAUAAGGAGAUCCCUCUCGGGGAGCAAGACGAGGAACAUGAUGAUUAUGAGGGCAAUUUCAGUCUGUGCUCAAGUCCUGUUCAGCAUCAGAGUACCCCCCCAGUAAACAGAUCCCAGGAUGAUGAAAUCUUCAACCCAACCUUCUUCCAGAAAUCAGACCUUAGUAUGUGUCCGAUAAUCCACAGUGGAGAGGAACCCAAUAAACACAGUUGUGAGAAGGCAGGCAGGGCACACUCAGGACCUAACGAACCUCACAGAACUGCGCCACCUGCAAAACCCUAUGCGUGUCGGGAAUGCGGGAAGGCCUUCAGCCAGAGCUCACACCUUCUCAGGCACCUGGUGAUUCACACCGGGGAGAAGCCCUACGAGUGCUGUGAGUGCGGGAAGGCCUUCAGCCAGAGUUCACACCUUCUCAGACAUCAGAUAAUUCACACUGGGGAGAAGCCCUACGAAUGUCGGGAAUGCGGAAAGGCCUUUCGCCAGAGCUCAGCCCUCACACAACACCAGAAAACCCACACUGGGAAGAGACCGUAUGAGUGUAGGGAAUGUGGGAAAGAUUUCAGCCGGAGCUCAAGUCUCAGAAAACAUGAGAGAAUCCACACAGGAGAGAAACCUUAUCAGUGUAAGGAAUGUGGGAAAUCCUUCAACCAAAGCUCCGGCCUGAGCCAGCAUCGGAAAAUCCAUACCUUGAAGAAGCCUCACGAAUGCGCUCUCUGUGGGAAAGCCUUUUGUCACAGGUCCCACCUCAUUCGGCACCAGAGGAUUCACACUGGGAAGAAACCUUACAAAUGUGAAGAGUGUGGGAAGGCCUUCAGCCAGAGCUCCAACCUCAUUGAACAUCGCAAGACCCACACUGGCGAAAAACCCUACAAAUGCCAUAAGUGUGGGAAAGCCUUCAGCCAGAGCUCCUCCCUCAUCGAGCACCAGCGCAUCCACACUGGGGAGAAGCCCUAUGAGUGCGGCCAGUGUGGGAAGGCCUUCUGCCACAGCUCUGCCCUGAUUCAGCACCAGAGAAUCCACACUGGGAAGAAACCCUACGCGUGCAACGAGUGUGGCAAAGCCUUCCGGCACAGGUCAGCCCUUAUUGAGCACUAUAAAACCCACACCAGAGAGAAGCCCUAUGAGUGUAACAAAUGUGGCAAGUCCUUCAGGGGAAGCUCACAUCUUAUUCGGCAUCAGAAAAUCCAUGCUGGGGAGAAGCUCUAGAAGGAGGCGCUCACACCAAAGCUUGAAACCCUUUCCCGGAUGGAACCCACACCCCAUCGCCUUGUCUGUAAGACCCCACCCACCUCCCUGAUCCCAGGGCCGAAUGGAAACGUGCUAUCCCCAGAGCUUCUGGCCACCCACGCUGGCAGCCAGGUCCCCUCGUUCCCCCCACCCUGCCCAGGCACCCCACACGCAGCAGGUUUACUGAAUGGGAGGGAGGGUGGAGUAAUGGGAAGGCCGCUGAAUCAGAGGCACACCCAAAAAGAGACCUGGCCUCUGAUUUGACUCCCAAGCCUGUGAAAUUGAGUUUUGCCAUCUCUUCGCCUUUGUUAAAAUCCAGAAGAAUAAACACCAGAGGGAGAAAGUUGAGUUAAAUGUACAAAUAUGUCAGAUGAACUCUCUAACGUCAGCUGCAGUCUGGCACUUUGAGAAGACAGAACUGUGCUCACAGUCUGAAUCCACUAAAGAAAAAUGAAUCUGAAAGUAGCUAUGUUAACAGCAAAAUGGAAUCUUCCACCUGGCUUGGGCACUGGUGGGGACAACCAAAACAGGUUACAGAAGAGAGGGAGGGUCUGGAAGGAUUCAUUCUGGGUUGGGGAAGGGAGUGGCGAGCCCCUGGUGUGGUCUCUUAAUCCCUGUUCUGGGUUAGAGUAAGGGUGGUUUCUGGCAGAUGGCCUUCACAGGACAGUAGAGGUUUGGUCCUGUAGGCCAGAGGACAUUUGACCUUGGCUUUGACUCAGCCUGGCAUAAGGCAUCAGUGCCCUCCAGUUAUAACCCCUCCACAAGACCUAGGGCUCCCGAGACCACAGUGUGCCUUGGUUGGCACCGUUUCUGGUCUGGGUGCUCUGCAGCCACCUCUCUGCUCUCCAGUGCUGGGGGACCUAGGAAGCAGGGCAAUUCAGUCAGAGGUCCCAGUUCAUUUUCCAGGUCUGCCCCUCCUACUUGUGUGAUCUUGAAGAAGCUCCAACGCUCUGUUUCCCUAUCUAUGAGAUGGGGAUAUUGGGACCUGGCCAACUCCUGUUCAGAAUGAAACCACCCAUGAAGUGCUUUGGCAACUGGCAGUUGAGGAUGGAGACCCAGAGGGACCCUUGCCCCACCCAGAGAUCUAUUUCCUAAAGGCUGGAAAGGCAUCCCUGCUGUUCCCCGGAUGGCAGGGCCUGCAGCCCACCCUCUCGUUGAACCGGGGCUUAGGCUUUUCUUCACUCCCUCCAGCCUGUAUACUGGGCUGUGGAUGCCCUUUGGGGCCACCUCCCAGACAGGGACCCUUUCCAGAUGCCAUCCUGAACCUCUCCCCAGAAGCAGUGUGGUCUGUGUGGUCUGUGUCCCCAUACUUCUGUCCUCUCCUCAGGCAUUGUUCAAAAAGUACCAUUGUCUAUUGCCUGCCUAGACCAAUUCAGUCGGCAUCCCCAGAGGUGGGGCUCAGACAGUGGUGUGUUUUUAAAGCUCCCCAGUGAUUAGAAUGUUCCAGUAGGUAGCCAGGAUGUGAGCCCUAUGCUAGGCAUCUUGCAACCCCAGCAUCUCCCAAAUGUCAGGCCUGCUUGCCAUGAGCAGAGUUUGAAGGUGGCCAUUCUGUCUCAGUCCCCAUGCCUCCCAUCCGCCAGGAAUGGGCUCAGGCUGUGCAGUGUCUGGUGGUUGAGAGGUGUUUGUCCCAAGUCCUCAGGCCUUCAUGUAGCCACCGGGAUCUCUUUGGUACUGCCUUCCCCCAGGCUCCUCAGAGGCAGACUGAGCGAUUCUGAAGUUUUCCAAAAGUUUAUAUCUGGAAUCCCAUUACCCCCAUCAUGGGAAUACUGGCUAUUUCAGCUAAUCAGAAGCUCAGCUUGGUGGUCAUAUAUAGUUUUGAUGAAUAAAAAUGGACAAGUAAUUGUUACUUAGCAAGUGGAGCUUGGCAGGCUGGAGAUUUUAAAAGGCCAGGUCUCCGGCUGGGGGGAUGAUAGUGGGCGUCCCAGCCAUGAGGACAGCAGCCACUCCUGUCCAGCUCCUCUCUGUUGCGUGAAUGUGUGAAACCUUGAGCCAGCACCUGGGUCUCCUAGAACCUACCAUACCACCAGCUAGACUGGCCUGACUGGCUGGCCCCGGGCAUUGUCUGCAUGUGGCCUGCGCUGCAGGUCUUCAGUCACUUACUAAGAGUGCAGAGAGAAUUGAGACCCCUGCUCGGCGUGGGUGGGAGAGCAGCCCCCUCCCCAAGAUCUACCUCCUCGCGCCCCCGCCCCCCAUUCGGCCUCACCUUGGCCAGGCCUGACCUUAUCCGGCAGUCAUUGAUUUCCUACCUUUGAUGUCUCUCUCCGUGUGCUUCUGCACACCCUAGCCAAAUUAAUUUUCUUAAAGCAUCUCUUUGCACAUGCCACCACGCUCCUUAAAGCCAACCCUCAGGGGCUUUUCUGCACAUAAGCCCCCAUUUCAGCCAAUCUGGUUUGCUCCUUCUGAACAGACCACAGGGGGUUCACGCCACCCUGCCCAGAUGCUCCCCCCCCACCUUCCCUUACCUCAUUUUAUGCCAUUCUUGCAUUUUGGAAUACGCACUUUCUCCUCCUCCUGGUCCCCCCUCGCCAUCUCCUCCUUCCUCUUAACAAUUUAUGUAACAUGGGGAUUGAGACCCCCUUUCUGAAGGGUUGACAGAUUCUCACAUAACCAUGGUAGGGCGAGGUACUUUUCAAAGUGUGAGCAGUACCUUCUGUUCACAUUCCUUUACUGUUUUACAUAUUUUUAAAUCCUUCAAUUUAUUUAGGUUCUUGAACAGUGUAAUAUUACAAGAGAACAUCCUGGUAAUAUUUUAAUCAUCCUUGGAUUUAGUUGUUGUUUUAUGUUUGUCUUACAUUUUUUUCCUUAUGGCAGAUGUUGAGUGUUGUAAAGCUCCAACUCUUGAUUUUGUUGACUAAUCGAAUGGUUUUGUCGAAGUGUAUGUACUCUGCUCUUUUUUUUUACUUCAUAUUUUACAUUUCUGAAAUUAUUUAGGUAUAGCUAAUCAUAUUUUUAAUGUUUCUAGUAAACGCAGGUACUUUGGUCUAGGACUUUUUUCUUAGAGCUUUUUCUGCACUCUGUCAGUUUGACAUGUGCACGUUUUUGUUACCAUAUGAGGAAUUUUCUUUUGGCCCAAGUGUUGUUAUUUUUUCUAUAUUUCCAAGUGAUGAAUGCAUAGGUCAUUGCUGUUCUUUCUUACUGUGUUGUGGUGUCAACAUUUCUAAGUGUCCAUAGAACCUACUCUGGGCCUGAAGAUAUGAUCAAUUUUUAUAAAGCAUUUGUGUACUCUCAAGAAAUGGGUUUGUACUCCAUCAGUUCUAUUUGUUAACUUGUUUUUAAAUUACUUUAUUCAAA